UAUCUGUAUUCAAGUCCCAUCACAUGCUGAUUCAAGUAAAGCAUUAGAUAACCGAACAUACAAAUUUUCGCUUGAACAUAUUUGAGUUUUAAAAAACAUGUUGAAAGAAGCAUUGUACACGAUAAUUGUAGCCAUCGUGGUUUUAUACGUUAACGUGUUCUGGGAAAGUCUCGAAACUUUUAUAAACGCUUACAAGAAGGGGGAACCUGUUGAGAUUGACACUGUAUUUGGUCCUCUGAUAGGCCAAACAGGAGUCACCAGAACUGGGAAAGAAAUAUAUAAAUUUACUUCGAUUCCAUAUGGAAAGCCAGCUUUGGGAGAAUUAAGAUUUGAGCCACCAGUGAAAUUUGGUAAAUGGGAUGGGGUCCUGGACGCCAGAAAAAAGUCCCCGAUAUGCACUCAAGUAGAAUUCCUUCGCAAAACGAUGCUUGGUCAAGAAGAUUGCCUCUAUUUGAAUGUUUUCACUCCAGUGCUCUCGAAAUUCCGAGACAAGAAGCUCCCCGUAAUGGUUUUCAUAUACGGAGGCCAUUUUAUGUUUGGGUCAAGCGAAUUUUAUACGCCAGACUAUCUCCUUGAUGAAAACAUAAUUCUCGUCACUUUCAACUACAGGACAAACAUAUUAGGAUUUCUGGGUACCGGGGACGCCACUGUGACUGGCAACCAAGGUUUGAAGGACCAGUCCCUUGUGUUACACUGGAUCCAAGAUGCAAUAUCAGCGUUUGGCGGUGAUCCAAACAGGGUCACAAUAUUUGGGAACAGUGCUGGUGGAGCUAGUGUCACCUAUCACAUGAUCUCAAAUAUGUCCAAAGGUUUAUUUCACUAUGCAAUAUCGCAAAGUGGAACCAAUUUAUGUGCAUGGGCAAUGCGAAAAAAUCAAAAGGAUCAAGCAAUUCGAUUUGGAAAUAUGGUUGGUUGUCCUACACAAAAUUCCAAGGACUUGGUCACGUGUUUGAAAAGUAAACCUGUGGAGGAACUCAUGAAAAUCCAUUUCGAAAUACUGGACAUUUUUCACGAGGAGAAUGCAGUUUUUGCACCAACAAUCGAAUACGUGGAUGAAACCAGUGAUUUGACCAAAAUAUUUUUAUCUGAAUCUCCAACAAAAUUGAUGCAAGAAGGAAAAUUUCAUAGAGUUCCUUGGAUGAACGGUGUUGUAAAGGACGAAGGGUGCUUUAGAUCUGCAAUUCUUACGAGCGAUGCAGAGAAAAUGCAAGAGUUUAAUACUAAUUUUAGAACUUUGAUGGCUAAUCUAAAUGUUCUACCAAAUGAUCCUCUGGUAUUGGAUAAAAUUCGAGAAGAAUACUUUCCCCAAAAAAAUGGACCAUUAACUAGAAAGGAUUUGCAAAAUAUAACUAAUGUGAUAAGUGACCGAUGGUUUUUCAGUUGUGCAAAAGAAUCAGCAAUUUAUCAUUCCAAGUAUGCACCAGUUUACUUGUAUUUUUUUAACGAGAAGCCAGACCUUGGAUAUGGAUACAUAUUGGAAGCGUCGAGAAGUUCAUCUCUGCCAACAAGGGUUAAUUUAAUGAUGGCUUACUUAAAGUUCCUCCUUUAUCAUCACCUUCUUGGCUGGAAGGUUGACGAUUAUGGGAUUUCUCAUACAGACGAACUUCAACAACUUUUUAUGCUAACCCCAGAGCUCAACAUUCCCUACAAUUCUUACAAGUUUACAUUUUCUCAACAAAUGACUAAAUUAUGGGCAUCCUUUGCAAAACGAGGGAAACCAGAUCCUUUUUAUGGCGUGGAAUGGAAGAAUUAUGCAGGUGGUGAAAAGCUCAUGUAUUUGAAAUUGGAGUCAAAUAAGCCUGAAAUGAUUCAAGAACCGUUCACAUCACGAGUCCAAUUUUGGAAAAGCUUAAAUUUACCACAAAAUUAAAUAAUUAUAAAAAUUUGACUUUGUAAUUUGUAUGUAUCAAGACAGACACCAUGAUAUUUAUUCAUUAUUAACAUAAUAUGCUAAAUAAUAUAGAUAAAUAUCCAGGUCUUACAUGGC